AUGAUCGAUAACAAAUAAUCCAUAAAUUCAUAGUAAAACUUAAGUUAUUGGAAAAAAUGUUGUUAAAAAAUUAAUAAUAUCCUAAGAAAGAGAACUUCAAAUCAUAAUAUAGAUGGAAUCUAAAUACAAUCUUAAAACUCUAGUUAAAUCCCAGAAAAUGGCUUUUUAACUUAGAAUUAAUAAAAUUAACCUUAAAUAAUCUAAAUAGAAGUAGAACAAACUCCUAAUAAUGUAUAACAUAAAAUAGAAUAAAAUUUUUUUUAGAAUAAGCAAGAAAUAGGGUGGUGCUUCUAUAUGAUUUCUUGCCCUUUUUGUGAUGAAAUUAUGGCCUAGGAAGUUUAUUGGAAUCACAUUAAGUUUUGUGAAUAAUAAAUAGGGUAAUAUAAUUUGAUUCAGCAACCAUGCCAUUAAUGCGGUCAAAUGAUUGUUAAGCUUUACUUAAAUGAUCAUUUAGAAAUUUGUGAAGGUAAUUUUUGGACUUAAUUAAAAUGUCCUCAUUGUUCUGUAGCAUAUUUUAAAUCUGAACUAAAAGAUCAUUUAAACAAAUGUUCUACUUUAUUAGAAUAAUAAAAUAAAGAAAAAAAUGGAAUUAUUUAAUGCACAAUUUGCUUUGAAGAUGUUCUUUACAAAAAAAAAAUAAUUAAGUUGUUCUCAUUCGUUUCAUUAAGAAUGUUCAAUGUAAUACAUAUUUUUUAAUAUUUCUGA